GUGAGCGAAAGAGACAGCCGGCUACAGGAAGAGGGCACUCAUCACAACGGGUCGCACGGCACUGAAUAAGCAGAAGGGAGAAAAAUGUGUACCACGCGAGUCUGUUUCAUAGAAAUAGAUCCGUCUUUAUUGGGUCCACGGCAUCGGAUAAAUUGCUCUAAAUGGAGAACCAGAACGGUUCAUCCCUUGACGUGCAACCCCCCACGGAGUGUGAUUGAAAUACGCGUUACAUAUGUCACGGAUUGCGAAACGAUGUCACCUUCCAAUCGUUCUUUUGUUUCUUUUCUUAUAAAAGCUAAAAGUCAUAUUUUACAUAGUACAUAGGAAUAUUUGAUUUCAGUAGAUAAAUGAUGAUUUUGACACUCUCGGAGACCGGCGUAUUGCUUUGAACGUACAUGGGCAAUUAUUUGCUGAUACCCAUUUGUAGAGCAGAUUUUAAUCGAGUUUGUAACAACUCCAAUACGUCGUCACGUAUUUGCAAGCUAACGAGUCGGAGAAUUAAAGUACACUCGAGAGAAAGAUUGUAGGCGUACCUAUUGUAUGCACGUGCUGUUUGGAAGACCUGCUUCCAUCGAAUCAAAAGCAACAUGUUAAUUUGCUCUCCAUUGCCAGGCUGAAGAGUAAAUCACGAUUGUGACCAGUGAAGAGAACGAUGCGUAUCGUUUUCUCUUGUCCGAGAUGAUCGUUAAGAUCUCUUCAGCCUUGACCAAUAUACAGAAUCACUUUCCGUGAUUCUGCAUCAACGAAAAUGUAUGCAAAAUCAGUUGUCGCGUUAACAUGGAGAUUCUGUUUAUCGAAUUAACAGAGUGAAUUGUACGCGACCGCGAUGGGAUCCGUCGUUAAAUGUACCACAAUGGAGAAUAAUCUCGUUCGUUUUGUUCUCGUUGCUUUCGGCAGAAAUGCAGAUCGGAAUUGAAACGUUCAUGGUGGAUUAUUUUGAAAGCAUGUAGGAUAUGGACCAAUUUGUAGGGCCCCUUUGUAUAUCCGUUGGGAGGUAACCUAAUUUCUUUAGCAACGAUGGCUACGUACGACUAUAUGUAGACUAAUAUCGGGCUCACUAUGGAUCGUGCAGAUGUUCAAUGCGAGAAUAAGUCAGCUCUCAUCUUGGGCGAUCGUUCUAUCUUAAAUGCGGUGUACGAAAGAGAAAAAUCAAAAAUUAAGAAACUGCUUCAUAAAUGAUAUUAAAAAAAUUGCUGAGUGAAUCUGUCAAGGUCAUCUCAAGAUGUCAAACGCAUUUACUCGAUGGAAAUGAUCCACGAAAAGUAGGAAACGUGACAUGACAAGUGUUCUAAACGCCAAUUCAACUAGAUUGCAUCAUUAUCUGUUUCAUCAGACGUGGAAAUAUUUUCCAGAUGGGGUGGAAGGGUGAAACCCUUAAAUAGGAACUGUCGUGGUUCGAGCCAUCUUAGAAUUCUUUGUGGGAGCGAACAGGUUUCAUUUGAGUCUUUUGAUUAUCGUGUUCUUGCGAGUAUCUUCUCAAAUUAUAGUGAAAAUAUGUACGAUGCAAUUAUAAUUAAAAUAUUAAUUUUAUGCCUGGUACUUGAUGCGAUUUAUGCUUAUCAAAGAGGACCACGGUGGAACGUUGAAGAUGCACAAAGACAAGGACCUAACGUGUGUGCCGUAGAAGUGAACGACGAUAUAAAUUACAGUUAUUACACCGAGAGCAAACAGUGGAAUCCGCGAAAAAUCUGCGGCAAGGAAACAUUUGUCAGAUACGAAUGCUGCGCAGGAUAUUACAGGGUCACCGGUCGUUCUGGCUGCACAGGGGUGAAGCCAUUAAUUGACCUGAUAGAAACAGCGCGACGUGCAGGAUCUAUAAAAUUCGCAAAAUUAAUGGAAAGAUCGAAGUUUGCGAAAGAGUUAAGAAGCGGCUCACCGCUAACGUUGUUCGUUCCAUCUGACGAAGCUUUUGACAAUUAUCUAAGAAUAAAGGGUAUUCGAGCAGAAUGGUUGCACGACGGCAAUAAAUACAUCGAUCUAAUCGCGAAUCACAUUACGAAUAGACGAGUGCUAUCAAAUCAAUGGCAAGAAAAUCUAUUAGUUCCAUCGAGAUUACAAGGAAACGUUUUGAGGAUUAAUAAAUUUUCCAGUGGCAUGGAAACAAUAAAUUGUCAUCGGAUUAUUCGGAAGGAUCAGAUUGCCUCUAAUGGAGUUGUACACGUAAUUGACGGGGUUUUGGACCUCGCUCUGGCAAAGAAUUCAGAUAUCAUUCAUCUUGUUGCAAAGGACGGUAGAUUCCAGAUAUUUACAAAAGCUCUCGAAAACAGUGAGAUCGCAAAGAGGAUUAGAUACAAUGAAAUACCGUGUACCAUUUUUGCACCCACCGACGAUGCUUUUCAUAACAUUCCUCAAAGGCAAUUGAACGAUAUGCUUUCAAACCGUGAUGCGUUAAACGCUCUAAUUGCUCAUCAUGUUGUUACUCAUCCCGUGUGUAUGCCAAACAUCAUUUCGGAAUACCAUGCCACCACCAUGCAGCAACAAAAACUCACGUUAAAUUGUGGUCCACGCGGGCCAAUUGUAAAUCAUGCGAAUCUAAAAAAUGAGAUGUACCAUGGACAAAAUGGGCUGUUGUACGUUCUUGAUCGCGUAUUACUUCCAGAUCGAGCAAAAUCAAUUACGGAUCUAAUGAAGGAAGAAGGAGUAUAUACGUUCCUGAAAAUAAUCAGAACAGCCGAGCUGGAAGAAACUUUGAGGCACUUGAAACACUUUACGGUAUUCGCUCCAUCCGAAACAGCGAUAUAUGCUAUGUCAAAUCAACAGCUUGUCGAAUUGCAAAGAAAUAAGGAAAGUGCUAGGAAAUUCGUUUUCAGUCAUACAGUUAAGGGAGUGUAUUUUACUUAUGAAAUUGGUAAUAAUCAGGUAGUUAAAACCCUUGAAGCAGGAGAUCCUUUACGAUUUCAAGUAUACCCAGGUAACUUUGGAAUAGAGAAUGCAUUGAUUGUAAAAGCUGAUAGAGAAUGCACCAACGGUGUUUUACACGUUAUAAACCACGUUUUACAUCCUGCUAAGGAAUCAUUGGAUAAUAUUUUGAGGAGAAAAGGCAAUUUUAGCAUUUGGUUGGAUGCAAUGGAAAGAAUCAAAGCUAUCCAACCGGAAAUAUACGAUCAAUUUAAACAUCCGAAUUCUUCAUGUACAUACUUCGUUCCUUCGGAUGAGGCAUUUAAGCGGCUGGGAAGUGUUAAACUUAAAAAAUUAUUGCUAGAUAAAAAUUAUUUAUCGAAGGUGAUGAAAAACCACAUUAUGGACAACAUGAUAAUUUCUGAAAGUUUCAGACCAGACCUGCAAUAUACUUUAAAGACGAAGGGAGAUAUGGUAAACGUAGUAAGAAAGAACAAUAAAGUAUUGGUGGAUGAUGCGACGCUGGUAAAGUGUGACAUUAUGAAUAAAGCUGGAGUAGCUCAUGAAAUAAACUCAGUAAUACUACCUGAACAUUGCUCUCGUAGUUAUAGAAAAACACCUAAUGGAACCGCAAAAAGAAUAUGUUAAUGGUAUAAUUAAACAAAUACUUAUAUGUAAAAAUGUAUAUGAGCAAACUAA